AUGGGGCCCCCGGGCAAUAGGGGAUCAUGGGGUCCCUGUGUCCUUGUCCAAACUCCAAAAAGCCUAUGAAAAAGUUACCAGGGACAUCUUAUGGGGCCCCCUACUGACCCCGCCCCCCUCGAGCAGUGCCCAAGUUUCCAAAUAGUCAGUCCGCCCCUGCUGAAGGAUGAGCAAAUGUGGUCAUGUGCAGAGGCGGGCUUACAACUCAUGGGGCCCCCGGGCAAUAGGGGAUCAUGGGGCCCCUGUGUCCUUGCCCAAACUCAAAAAAGCCUAUGAAAAAGAUACCAGGGGCAUCUCAUGGGGCUUCCUACUGACCCCGGGCCCUCGGGCAGUGCCCGAGUUUCCAAAUGGUCAGUCCGCCCCU